CGGGCAAAAAUUACCUUUACUACUUGAUGUAUAUGACGUAAAAAUAAUGUUUUUGUGCAAUGAUUGAAAGUGAUCUUAUAGGUUAUAACACGGAAACCUUACAUAAAUAAAUCAUCUACGAGAUACACAAACUGGAUCUUACAUUCUUUGGACCGACAGCAAGCUUACAUCACAAUGCUGACUUUAGUUUGUACCAUCCUAUUGAUAGUACCUCACACACUAAAAGGUCAAGAAAACAUCGUAGAUGGUAAGAUAACAGGUUCGUUACAGAUUACAUGCCCAAAAAUAUCUUGUGAACUUCAUCAUUUCCCAAAAGAACACUGCAAAGUCCAGACAUUCAUUAUGUACCAUGGUGUUGAGUGUCAGAGUUGUGUAGAGGACAUUUGUCAUGGUUCACAAGUGGUGGCUGAUUCACUGAUAGGAGAUGUUACUCCAGUAAACAUCAACACAGUCGCCAACACGAAUGCUAACACAGGAAACCUUGAAAAGAAAUGGAAUAAACCCAGUUAUAUCAAUAGACUAGGUUCUAUAUUUGGAAAUAAUCCUAGUGUUGGAAAUCUGAGAAAAUCUUUGGAGCCAGUAAAUAAUCACCAAAUGCAAGGGCAUGGCUUGGUGCCUGUGAACUCAAAAGUUGCAAGCAUUGACACGUUACAACCAAAGUCACAAAUUAAAUGUCCGGAAAUAGAAUGCCAUCAUCACCACCAGCCCAAAGCACACUGCAUGGUUGAUUCGUACUUUAUAUACCAUGAUGAAAAGUGUAAAGGGUGUAUCGAAGACAUUUGCCUCGGUUCACAUAUUGUAGAUGAUAACUUAAUAGGUAAAAAUAAAAGUCAAGAUUUAUCAAACCAUGAAACACUACCUCUUACGAAUCAUAGAGUUGAAAACAGACUGACAUCUGGCAAUUGGAGAUCAGGAAACUCUCAGCCUUCAUUAAUAGAGAGACACAACCAUGACAGUAAUGGACAAACACACCAAGAACCACAUCAUGAUAACCAUCACCAAGAAACUAUAUCUGGUAAUUGGAGAUCAAGACACUCUCAGCCGCUAGUGUCUGAGAGACAUAUUCAGAAUCAAAAUGGACAAAUGAAUCAGGAACAUUUUAUUUCCAACCAACAUCCGGGUGCUGGAGACAGAAUAUCGUCAGGUGAUUGGAGAUCACGAAACCCUCAGCCUCUUGAAACAGAGAGAGGUGUUCAAAACAGUAAUGGACCAUUUAAUUUGCCUGGAAAUCCAUUUUUCAGCGGAGGAGCACAUACUAACUUUAGAAAUAAACUCCUUGGUGUACAAACAAACGAACCUGUCAACUCAAGACAAGGAUUUGGUAGAAACUCGAAUCCUAAUUCAUCUACAAAUAUUCCAGCAAGUUUACCAAACGGACAAAAUACAAAAAAUAAUGAAGAAAGCGUAGUUGUUGUAGACCAAAAUCAAUCUACCUUCACCAGAAAAGAUCGAGGGAUAGGGAGAUUCAGAGGCAAGGGCAGAUCAUAUCUACAAAGCUUGUUUCACCCAGCAUUCACUGGUUAAUAUUUAUAAUGCUCAUUAUGUAGUUACAUUUCUACUUUAAGUAGAAGUGCAACUAUUAUAUUUAGAUCGCUGAAAAUCCAAUUCGUAUUCAUGUAUUACACAGAUUUAAUUAUUUAUGAUGUAUAUGUAAAAAAUUGGGGUCAUUUUUUUAUUCGACUACUUAAAAAAAGUAUUAAACUUUAAAUUUUGUUAAUUGAAUUGAAACAUACCAUAUAUA